GCUUCAGUCCCUAUAAAACUAAAACGCAUAUCUAGUUUUUCUCUUCACUUCCUUGGCGCACCUCUAGGCUCUAACUUUUUCUCUUACACUUCAAUUUUCCUAUCUUCAAAGCACUCUCACGCACAUGAUGAACUCGCACAAACAACUCUUCCCCCUCUUCUCACUUUUCUUAGUUCUCUACCUCUUAGGACAAAGGGUAGUGCUGCAAGCUGAAGCAAGUCCUCAACAUGGUCCAACAAAAUUGUUCGUUUUCGGAGACUCGUAUGCUGACACAGGAAACAUUCAGAGAACUGUCUCAAAUUCAUGGAAGGACCCUUAUGGCAUCACCUUUCCCGGCAAGCCCGCCGGUCGUUUCUCCGACGGAAGAGUCCUAACCGAUUACAUCGCUAAGUAUUUGAAAGUGAAAUCACCAAUCCCCUACAGAUUGAGGAAACUGAUGCCACAACAUCUGAAAUAUGGGAUGAACUUUGCGUUUGGGGGCACUGGUGUCUUUAACACUUUCGUUCCACUCCCAAACAUGACAACACAGAUUGAUUUCUUGGAGCAACUCAUCAAAGACAAAGUGUACACUACCUUAGAUCUCACCAACUCGGUGGCCCUUGUCUCUGUCGCUGGAAAUGACUACGGUCGUUACAUGCUAACAAAUGGCUCCCAGGGUUUACCAUCUUUCGUGGCCUCAGUUGUUAAUCAAACAAGAAGCAAUCUUAUUCGCAUCAAAGGGUUGGGGGUGAAGAAAAUAGUGGUGGGUGCUCUACAACCCCUUGGAUGCCUUCCCCAGGAGACAGCCACAAGCUCGUUCCAACGUUGCAACGCCACCUCCAACGCCCUCGUGCUUCUCCACAACAGCCUCCUGAACCAAGCAGUGACCAAGUUGAACCAAUUAGAGACCACCAAGGACCGUUAUUCCACCUUCGUAAUCCUCAACCUUUUCGACAGCUUCAUGUCGGUGUUGAACCACCCUUCCACCCACAACAUUCGGAACAAGUUGACGCCGUGCUGCGUUGGCGUAAGCAGUGGGUACUCGUGUGGGAGCGUGGACAAGAACAAUGUGAAGAAAUAUAGGGUUUGUGAUGACCCCAAAUCUGCUUUCUUUUGGGAUCUUGUGCACCCUACGCAGGCUGGAUGGCAUGCAGUGUAUAACAAGUUGCGAACCAUGAACGCUCUUCAACACAUUCUUUACUAGUUAGUUCAUUAGUUGUGAUCACUUGCUCUUUUUGUUUUGUGUUCAAAUAAUGCAUGUCUUUUUGGUAAUUAGAUUGUUCCUCAAAUAGUGUUUUGUUUAUUCGGACUGUGGGUGGUGCAAUGUGCAAAUAGAAUGUUCUCUUGUUGUCCAUGCUACAACGUAUUCGCUCCAAAUAAGUUUCAUUUAAAAUUA